UCAUAAAAAUUCCUUAUGGCCUAGUGGUCAGAUAUGUUCUAAUUCUUUACGGGAAGGCUGGAUUUGAAUCCCUCAAUACUCAUUUUUAUUUUUGGGCUCGUGGCUCUCAAAUGUCUAGGACCGGUUCUGUGUGCAUUGAUUCUAGGAUCAUAUGUACUUACAUCCCAUUCCCAUGACGUUUCUGUUUACUUGCUUCUUUGUGUUUAUUUUCUUUUUACAGAGCUUCUUCUUGCUUUUUAAUUUCAGUUACAAUUUUUUUGUUACGUCCAUAUUAUUUUACCACUUCAUAAUUGGAAAUUGUUCUUGUGGUCGAGAGGACUAGAUUCCAGUUUGUUCUCAAUAAAUUGAUUCAAGGAUCAUGUUGUAUUUUGCUUUUUCUAUUUUGGGUUAACUUGAAUGUCAAGUUAAAAGAAUGCUACUAUGUUUGUCUGGAUUAUAUGCAAAUAAUAAAAUGAUUUUUUUCUUCUCAGAGUUUCUUUUACCGUUUGAUCCUUCUUUUUCUGUGAUUAAGCUCCUGAGCAUUAUAAAUCAAAAAAUGGAGGAGGCAAAAGAAGAAGUGGAGAAGAAGGUUUCUACACUCUUAAAGUAUAUCCAAAACAAAAACAAGAUCCCAAAGGUUGCCAAGAAGGAGCUUGUUGGGAUCGUCAACGACCUUCACGACCAGUGUCAGCUGCUUUACUCUGUAUAUCAUCAUGAUUUGGAGAGUGGUGGAAGAAAAGGAAAACCGGGUCCUGCUGCUGCUGCUUCUUCAUCGAGGUCUAGUUCGGAUUUGGAUUACUUUUCUUCAGAGGAAGUAGAUAUCAGCACCGGUAAUGUUAGUGAAACACUGAGCUCAGAUUAUGCGGCGAUGCUCAGAAAGAUACAGGAGACAGAGUCAACAAAUGAAGAUUUGAAGAGACAGGUGAGCAGUCUGAAACAGGAAAUGGAACAGGCGGGUAAUCUCAUAGGCAAGAGAAACGAGGACAGAGAGCAUUUGAUGACAAAAGGUGAAGUUGCAUUGUUGCGUAACCAGAAGGAUGAGUUAGCAUCGAAGCUGAAGAAAAAAACCGAUGAAGCUUCGGAGAUACAUAUGAAACUGAAGCGUUUGGAGGGAGAAAAAGAGAAGCGAGCUAAGGCCGAGAUGAAGAUUGUUGAAGAAAAGGAAGCUUUGAGGAACAAAGUUGAGAAACUUGACCAUCUUAGGGAAGAGAAUCACAAGAUGCAUGCAAGAAUAGUGGAGCUUGAUUCAUUACAGAAGGAGAGACAGAUGAAAAACAUUGAUGAGAUUGAAGAUAAGAGUAAGAAACAAGAAGAUAUCAUUCACCGGCUAUCAAUGGAGAUCAAGGACCAAAAGAAACUUGUUAAAGAACAGAAAGACGUUAUUGACAAGUUCUCAGAGGAUCAGAAGCUGAUGAAACGUUGGUCCAUUGGUUCGAAGUUGAAUACCAAUCUUCUCGAGAGGAAAAUGGAGGAACUAUCUGAAGAUUUCCAGAUGAAAAUGGAAGAUCGUAUCCGGAUACUGUACAGGAGGAUCCAUGUAGCCGAACAAAUACACUUGGAGAGCAAGAACGAGUACAUGAACACACAAACACAAGGAAACAGAGGAGAUCUCACUGUCUCUGAAACCCAAUUCAAGAAAAUCAAAGAUAUAGUGGAGAAAGGGCUUGCCGGACCAGAGAUGGUAGUAAAGAAGCUGGAAGAAGGCGAUGAAUUAACGAACAAAGUCACCAGAUUAGCUAAAGAGAUUGAUUCAGCUAGAAAGUGGGUGCAUGAGAAGAACAGCAAGAUGAAACAUGAGGUGGAAACUCUGGAAGCAAAGCUAGAGUGCAGUGAAGCACAAGAAACUCUGCUAAAGGAGAAGCUAUCGAAACUAGAGGGGAAGCUUGGAGAGGAAGGAACAGGGAAGCUGAGUGUAGAAAAGGCUAUGAGAAGAAUCAAAAAGCUUGAGAUUAAUGUGAAGGAGAGAGAUGUUGAGUUGAUGUGUUUGGGAGAAGAGAAGAGAGAAGCCAUAAGGCAACUCUGUGUCUUGGUUGAUUAUCAACGUUGUCGAUAUGAUGAUCUCAAAACAUCCAUUUGUAAGGUUGCCCUUCAAGCAUAAACUUCUCUUCUUCUUUUCUUCUUUGUUUUUCUGGGUCUUUACAAUUUGUAUAUAUUAUAACUCUAAAAACACUGUAUAUAUGUUGAAAGAUUUGAAUA